UGUGAUGUCAGCACUGAGGUCUGCUCUCCAUCACCAGGCAUAACAUCAGCUUUGAACCCAGCUGGCACUGGCAUGAAGAUGUGGCUUUACUCUCUAACAAUGUUCCUGGGUUACCUACAAGCAAUUCCUUAAAAAGCCCAGGCUGGAAUGGCUUCAGGUCAGACCAAAGUGAAAAUGCAGCUGGAUAAGAAUUUAUCUUCAUUCUCCAACUUCUCCUAUGCACCCUUGUUACGAAAAGAGGGCAACCGAACGUCAGGAGCAGAGAUAGCCCCCCAGCAGGUGGUUGUUGGAAUGUUACUCACCGUCAUUGACUUGGUCACGUUCCUUGGGAACAUGGUUGUGUUUAUAUGUCCCGUGGUGGAAAAGAGACUGAGGACUGUUACAUACAUGUUUAUCAUGUCUUUAGCCAUGGCAGAUCUCCUGGUUGCCUGCUUGGUUAUGCCUUUUAGCUGUCCUCCGUCCCUGAAGCUCUGCGUGAUCGUUAUGAUUCAGGAUAUCUUUGUGCUUAUCCCGUGA